AUGGGCAUCUGCAUGCACUCUGCAAGAAAGAGUGGUGAGGGGUUCGUCGCUGCUAGCCAGGCAAUCAUGGCGGAGACGGUCACCAAUGUAUCGGAGUACCAGGCCAUCGCGAAGCGGAAGCUUCCCAAGAUGGCCUACGACUACUACGCGUCCGGGGCGGAGGACGAGUGGACCCUCAAGGAGAACAGGGAGGCAUUCUCCAGGAUCCUGUUUCGCCCUCGCAUACUGAUCGACGUGUCGACCAUCGACAUGACCACAUCUGUGCUGGGAAUAAAGAUAUCCAUGCCCAUCAUGAUUUCCCCCACCGCCUUUCAGAAGAUGGCUCACCCAGAAGGAGAGUACGCAACAGCACGGGCAGCGUCAGCAGCAGGAACUGUGAUGACGCUGUCAUCGUGGGCUACAUCGAGCGUGGAGGAGGUGGCCUCGACUGGGCCGGGGAUUCGCUUCUUCCAGCUCUACGUGUACAAGGACAGGAAGGUGGUGGAGCAGCUGGUGAGGAGGGCGGAGAAGGCCGGGUUCAAGGCCAUCGCGCUCACCGUGGACACCCCGCGCCUCGGCCGCCGCGAGGCCGACAUCAAGAACAGGUUCGUGCUGCCGCCGGGCCUCACGCUCAAGAACUUCGAGGGCCUCAACCUCGGCACCAUGGACCAGGCCAAUGACUCCGGGCUGGCGUCGUACGUCGCCGGCCAAAUCGACCGCACCCUGAGCUGGAAGGACGUCAAGUGGCUGCAGAGCAUCACCACCAUGCCCAUCCUCGUCAAGGGAGUCAUCACCGCGGAAGACGCUCGGCUGGCCGUCCACUCCGGCGCGGCGGGCAUCAUCGUGUCCAACCACGGCGCCCGCCAGCUCGACUACGUGCCGGCCACCAUCAGCGCCCUCGAGGAGGUCGUCACGGCCGCCCAGGGACGCAUCCCGGUGUACCUCGACGGAGGCGUCCGCCGCGGCACCGACGUCUUCAAGGCGCUCGCCCUCGGCGCCUCCGGUGUCUUCAUCGGGCGGCCGGUGGUGUUCGCGCUGGCGGCGGAGGGCGAGGCCGGCGUGCGGAACGUGCUGCGCAUGAUGCGGGAGGAGUUCGAGCUCACCAUGGCGCUCGGCGGGUGCACCAAGCUCAGCGACAUCACCCGCAACCACAUCUUCACCGAGGGCGACCGCCUCGGGCGCCCCCUGCCGAGGAUGUAA